AGAGUUCUUUUCCAGCAUACCUAAUAGAAGACAACUUGGACCUUUAAAGGAUUGUAUCAUCUCUGAUAUAAACUACUGUUUGGAGUACACAUGCAAUGAAAAUCCUCAGAGAGACUGAGACCAUUAAAAUGGACAGAAAGCUGUUAAAACCUCAGGUAGAAAGACGAAGAAGAGAAAGGAUGAAUCGGAGUCUGGAGAACCUGAGAACGCUGCUUCUGCAAGGCCCUGAGCACAAUAGUCCCACUCAAAGGAGAAUAGAGAAAGCAGAGAUCCUGGAAUACACCGUCCUGUUUUUGCAAAACUCUGUCGCUCAGGCCAAGAAAGCAAAAGAUGUGGAAGGAGGAGAAAAGCGUCGGUUUAUGGACGGCUUUUCAUCGUGUCUUCAGAAAGCGGCCCGCUUCCUGUCAGCUGAAGGUAAGGCCCGUGGACUGGAUGGUUCAGUAACCGCUAUACUGUGUCAGCGUCUGACCCAGCCCUGCUUGUCGACCACCAUCCGACUGCCUGUCAGAAUCCAGAACUCGUCCAGAAAGCAGGUUCCAGAUUCAAAUGCACAGCAUCAUCUGCAGCAUGACUCGGUCUCCAAACAAGGACUUCCAACAGCUUGCAGAAACGUUGUGCCACAUCCAAACAGGAUUCCAUUCAGAAGCACAGACUCCAACACACUGCAUUCGACAGCCCCACCAACCUCUCAACACCAGACACCAGUCAGCCAGACAGUCUGGAGGCCUUGGCCUUGAGAGAAAUUAAAGACAUUUACAGAGAAAUGGACUCAAAAUA